GCGACCUUUGCUCGACGUUUCCCGCGGACAAUUUCUGAUCUCCCCGCGUACCCUUUUCCAUAAUCACCCAUUGUUACACCUGUAAAGAGUUGAGCAGUGAUGGAGAACGUAUCAGAGAGGGCAUUGUUGAAGCAUCUGCAGAAGGAGCAAGAGAGGGAGAGGCGGCGGAUAAGAGACAGGCAGCGGAGGCAGUCGAUGAGCGCUGAAGAGAGGGAGAGGCAUCUAGCCAGGCGGCGGAGGAACUACCAGCUGCGGAGGCAAAGAGCUGAGAGUGCUAGGCUUGAGCUUCAGCUCAAUCAACAAGCCACGGCGGCUCUAGCAGCAGCUAGUAGUGGUGGUGGUGGAGGAGGAGACAUUGCCAGGGUUGUUGAACAACAACAGCAGCAGCAGCAGCAACAACAACAACAGAUUUUGUUGUCUGUUCCUGAAGCUAGUAAUAGUGCUCAUUUCAAUGGCUUGGCUUCAAAUGACAUUGUUGUUGAUCCAAUGCAGGACAGCUUCAAAGCAGCAUAUGCAAAUCCUGUUGCUUUGGAAGUUGCAGCUCAUGAAUUGGCCAAACUUCCCAAACAGCCAAGAAUAAAGCACAUAAAGCAACUUGCAAGGUCUCUAGCUCGUAGUCACCAUGGGAAUGAUAAUAACAGAAUUGCAAUCGACCUACUAAUCAAGGCCAAUCCAGCACUCACUUGUCUGUUGCAGCAAAAUGGUCUCAGAUUCACUCGUCUCAAGAGGAUCGCGAGGUCCUUACAUUCUGAUCCAAAGAAGAAAGCUGGAGAUCAGCUGCAGAACGAAACAGUAGAACACAAUCAGCCUGAAGUUCCUCAUCCAGACAAUGUCAGACAAGAAGAACCUUGAGUAUCAAGUAAAGGGCAACUCCUUUUACUCAGCCAUGUCUUAAGGGAACAUUUUAAACCAAGAAGUUCUGAUUAGAAACAUAUGCCAAGAAUUUUACAGGAAACUGAAGAGAAAGCAUGGAGAAGUUUUUUUGUUAGGAAAUUGAAAUGUAGGGAUUGGGUAGUCAAUAACUUUUUUUACGAGCAUGUGACUGUAAUUGAUUUUUUUAUAAAUAUAUACAGACUGAGCCCAACGUUAUCUUGGGCCUGAGUCCAGUCCAUUUAAAACAAUGCCACAGAGAAUAAAAAGAAAACUGUUUUCGAAAAGAAAAGCCUCUCAUAGUUGCCGCCCUUUCUUCUCCUAGACAGCUAUGGAAAGCAGAGUUCCUUCCAAGAUUCGGCUUCUUCCAAC